AUGGACAGAUAUAGCAAAUGGUACAAGGUGCACGAUAGCAAUUUUAUCAGGGCUAUAGGUACAUAUAAUCGCCAGCUAAUCGCAAAGUUACCGGAAAUGACACUGGAACAACUUCACUUUAUGUUUAUCCUCUUUGAUGUGAUGGCCAAGAGGUAUCCACAAUACUCGUUACAGGACGCAGUACUCUCGAGCAAAAUCUUGUCAAAGCUUUUGAUUUUUGCAAAACAAACGUCAGCUGAGCUUGUAAAGAAUUUUAAACAAGACUAUAUGGAAAGGAUCAAAUUGCAAAAAAACUGCAAAGAUCUAAGUUCAACGCUACAAACAUUCUACAAAUGUUACUAUCCGUAUUAUGAAACAAUAAAUACGACUCUGGGACCACAAAGGGCACACAUUACACACUUGGUCAGUGCUGCUCUUUACAUACAGAGUCUCGCUGUAAGGUUUAACCUUUUGGAAGGUUUUGAAAAGUUAUGCCUAUUGCUCUCUCUAGAUGGUUUUACGAAUGUAUCAAUUGAAAGUGCAAUAAAACUUGUUACGCUAUUUGGAAGGAAUGAGGAAUUUUAUGAUAACCAGAAGAUUACAUUGAGGGACGCUCUCAUUGAUGAACUCGCAAAAAAGCUACAUUCACUGACAGUUCACGAGUACAUUUGCGACAGAGACACACAUCCUGAAGCAAUGCAACUACUUACACAAGUUUUGGACCACGUUGAAAUGAAAGAUUUGCAUCAAUGUUUGGAUGUUUUACAGAGCAACGACAAACUCAAUGCAAAUAUUCACAUGUUGUUUUUACCGUUUAUUCUCGACAGUCUGAAAAAUGGCGCAUUUAACCAGAGAGAUCUUGUGAUGCUGAUGAAUACAAGUUCUGAUUCCACCUUUUGCCACUGGACGACAUGGUUUGUUUACUACAGUUUGUUGGAUACCGAUAAUCCAGAAGUAUGCACAGAUUUUAGCGCAUUAAACAGAUUAUGUGAGUCUACAAUUGUUCAGAAUGAGAAUUUUAUAAACGCCAAAGAUGUAGAGGAUAUUUGCCAACUGCGUUUCAUUCAUCUUACAAAAGUAGGCAAUUAUGAUCCAGAAAAGGAGGACCGAUCGGUAACACUUUUUGAGGCACUUGCCAACUCUCUACAGACUAUAAAAUAUCGCAAACUUUGUCCUAUUUUACAUGAAUAUAGCAAACGCAUGCGCAGGGUUGAGCACUACCUGGAAACGAAUAAAGACCGCACUCUGCCAAAGCUUAAAGGGAGCAUAGAUGAAUUUAACAAGCAUUUUUCAAUCGCUAAUUAG